AUGAACGUACAAGACACGCAGGAGAUGGACGAUGCGCUUGACGAUGUUCUGAACGUCGGGGAUCUGGAGGAAGGCCAUGAAAUUGACUCCGGCGAACCAAUGCAGCUCGACGAUACAGUGGGCAUGCACUGGCAAGGAGACAGCGCACAAGACAUGCAAGAGAUGGACGGUGCUCUUGAGGAUAUUCUGAACCUCUGA